UAACUAAAAAUUUACAAUAAAAUAUACAGUUUGUGUUAAGAUACUAAAACUGAAAUCAUGAAUUUCGUGCAAAAAAGUGUACUUAAAAAGUCAUACGAAAAAGCCGAAAAAAAUUUCCAGUCGGGGUGCUCCGCUGGCCAAAGCAGCGCAGUCUCCGCUGAAGCUAAAAUAACUUGACUGUGUUAGUGUGUAGUUGUAUGUGUGACAUAUGUGGAAACACCAGCAACAGCGGCAGCGCAGUCAGCGUCAACUUUUCUCUACAUGGAACUGCAUUUUACGAAUGCAAUUUGAGUGUACAAAGAAAACGAGUCUUUGUUCGUCUGAAAAGCGGCAAAUGAAGGUUGUGGUUCGUUCGUACCUUUUUGUGUGGCUUGCAAAUGGCGUUGAACGAAUUGGGAAAUUGUGUUCAACAAACUCGGACAAGAGUUGAUAACCAGUCAAGAUUGAUGAUAGCAUUCGGGACAAGGGCCGACCUGCAAGUUCAGUGGGCUGUGCCUGGCAGGAUUUGGUAUUUAUGACUACUAUUCUACUUGCUGCAAAGCAUCGCUAACGACCCACCAACCCACCACACAUACUAAGUAUAUUGCAGACAGCGUAAAAGCGUGUAUCAUGAUAUAUAUAUCUAUAUAUAUAUACAUUACAUAUGUAUAUGCUCCAUAUAUAGCUUGUAAGUGUCUUUGCAGAACCAAUCACCAACCAAAACCAAACCAAACUACAACAAAUCAACGCAGCGCUAAUAACAAACUUUCUCUAUUUCACAUACCCAUCUAUAUAUAUUUAUAUGCAACGAUUCCAAUUAUAUGGAAAUAUGUAUUUACUCAUGUUGAACCAUUUACAGCGCCCAAAUACCAAACUGCUUACGCCUGCGAAGGUAAGCAACUGACUAUCGAAUGCGAACCGGGCGACUUAAUCAAUCUGAUACGAGCCAACUACGGUCGUUUCUCGAUCACCAUCUGCAAUGAUCAUGGCAACGUUGAGUGGAGCGUCAAUUGUAUGUUUCCCAAAAGUCUCACCGUGCUAAACUCAAAAUGUUCGCACAAGCAAAGCUGCAGUGUUCUGGCUGCCACCAGCAUGUUCGGUGACCCCUGUCCUGGUACACACAAAUAUUUGGAGGCGCAUUAUCAAUGCAUUUCGGCGGCACAAACGUCGACGACUACAAAUAGGCCAAGUCCCCCACCAUGGGUGCUAAGCAAUGGCCCGCCCAUCUUUGGUAAUGGUAGCGGUCUUAUACAGGUACCGCCACCUCUGCCGCCGCGUCUGCCCAGUCUGCCUGGUGUUGUGGGCAUUCAUGGCAUCAAUGCAGUGCCGCCCACGCACUCGACGCCCAGCAGCAGCACAGCUGCGCUGCCUGGUGGCAGACUCAAGGGCGUCACUAGCGCAACUACCAAGCAUCCAGGUGGUCGACACGACGGAUUGCCGCCCCCACCCCAAUUGCAUCAUCACCACCAUCACACGGAUGAGACAGUGCCCACCAAACCGAGCAGCAGCAGCAACAGCGGAGGCACUGGCAAUGUUACGUCUCCAUCCAAUACACGGAUUUUGACGGGCGUCGGUGGUGCUGGCAGCGAUGAUGGCACGUUGCUAACUACCAAGAGUUCGCCGAAUCGUACACCGGGUACAACAGCCGGUGCAACCAACAGCAGCGUAAAUAUUGGUGGUGCUGGAACUGGUAAUGUAGUGCGCACUAUAAAUAACAUCAAUUUGAAUGCGGCUGGCAUGGGUACAGACGAUGAGUCCAAAUUGUUUUGCGGUGCUAUGCAUGCUCGCAAUCUCUUCUGGAACAUGACCCGCGUGGGCGACGUUAAUGUGCAGCCAUGUCCAGGCGGCGCUGCUGGCAUUGCCAAGUGGCGUUGUGUCUUGAUGAAGCGUUUGCCGGAUUCGGGCUACGAUGAAUAUGAUGAUGAGUUGCCAGCUGCUAGUAGCACAACGCCUCUACCGUCCAGCAACGGUGGCGAUUGCUUGCACAACAGCAGCAGCUGCGAUCCGCCAGUGAGCAUGGCACAUAAGGUCAACCAAAACCAGCGACUUCGCAACUUUGAGCCCACGUGGCAUCCACUCACACCUGACCUAACACAGUGCCGCAGUCUUUGGCUAAAUAGCCUCGAGAUGCGUGUUAACCAGCGCGAUUCGUCUUUAACGUCGAUCGCCAACGAUCUAUCGGAGGUGACCAGUAGUAAGACGCUCUAUGGCGGCGACAUGCUUGUCACAACCAAGAUCAUACAAACUAUGUCAGAGAAGAUGCUGCACGAUAAGGAAACGUUUCCCGAUCAGCGGCAACGUGAAGCUAUUAUUAUGGAGCUGCUGCAUGGCGUUGUCAAAACUGGAUCCAAUUUACUUGACGAAUCACAACUCUCCUCUUGGCUAGAUCUCAAUCCAGAGGAUCAAAUGCGCGUUGCCACCUCUCUGCUAACUGGUCUUGAGUACAAUGCCUUUCUGCUAGCCGAUACGAUUAUCAGGGAGCGUAAUGUAGUCCAGAAGGUCAAAAACAUAUUGCUCUCUGUUCGCGUAUUGGAAACAAAAACUAUUCAUGGUAGUGUCGUAUUUCCCGACUCUGAUCAAUGGCCACUGAGCUCCGAUCGCAUUGAAUUGCCACGCACAGCUCUAAUCGAAAACAGCGAAGGUGGCCUGGUGCGCAUUGUAUUUGCGGCGUUUGAUCGACUAGAGUCCAUACUGAAGCCCAGCUAUGAUCAUUUCGAUCUAAAAAGUGCGCGUAGCUAUGUACGAAACACAGCUAUAUUAUCGAAUGACAGUGAUGCAGCUGCUGGAGAGAUGCAGCAGCGCAUACGCAUUCUCAACAGUAAGGUGAUCUCGGCCAGCCUGGGCAAAGGCCGCCACAUACAACUGUCACAGCCAAUCACACUAGUGCUAAAGCACUUGAAAACGGAGAAUGUCAGCAAUCCCACCUGUGUUUUUUGGAACUACAUUGACCAUGCCUGGUCUGCCAAUGGCUGCAGUCUUGAGUCGACGAAUCGAACACACAGCGUCUGCAGCUGCAAUCAUUUAACCAAUUUUGCAAUACUUAUGGAUGUUGUCGAUGAGCACCAGCACUCGCUAUUCACCAUGUUCGAUGGAAAUAUGCGUAUCUUUAUCUAUAUCAGCGUUGCGAUUUGCGUGAUUUUCAUCAUUAUUGCGCUGCUCACACUAAAGCUCUUCAAUGGCGUCUUCGUUAAGUCUGCACGCACCUCGAUCUAUAGCAGCAUUUAUAUUUGCCUGCUGGCCAUUGAGCUGCUCUUUCUGCUGGGAAUCGAACAGACCGAAACAAGCAUAUUUUGUGGGUUCAUUACCAUCUUUCUGCACUGUGCCAUACUCUCGGGCACCGCCUGGUUUUGCUAUGAAGCCUUCCAUUCAUACUCCACGCUCACAUCUGAUGAGCUGCUACUGGAAGUGGAUCAAACGCCUAAGGUGAACUGCUAUUAUCUGUUGUCCUAUGGCCUCUCAUUGAGUGUGGUGGCCAUUUCGCUGGUGAUCGAUCCCAGUACAUACACGCAAAAUGAUUACUGUGUCCUCAUGGAAGCCAACGCGCUCUUCUAUGCCUCCUUCGUGGCGCCCGUAUUGUUAUUCUUUGUGGCGGCUAUUACCUAUACCUUUUUGUCGUGGAUCAUCAUGCGCCGCAAGAGUCGAACUGCUCUGAAGACCAAGGAGCACACGCGAUUAGCUAAUGUGCGGUUCGACAUACGCUGCUCAUUUGUCUUUCUGUUGCUGCUUAGCGCCGUUUGGUGCUCCGCCUACUUUUAUUUGCGGGACGCAAAACUCGACGAGGAUGUGGCCACCAUCUACGGCUACUGUUUCAUCUGUUUCAACACACUGCUAGGCAUCUACAUAUUUGUAUUCCAUUGUAUACAAAACGAGAAAAUUCGCCGCGAAUAUCGGAAAUACGUCCGUCAACAUGCCUGGCUGCCGAAAUGCCUGCGUUGUUCAAAGACGUCAAUCUCCUCGGGUGUAGUAGCUGGUAAUGGCGGCACAGGAGUCGGAAAUGCUGCCAACAACUCUGCUGGUACACUUUCCAAGUCGAAGUCGAAACUACCGCUGGGCGCAAACGACGAAAUUCGCGAUGUGGAUCCACAGCUGCAGCAACAUGAUCUGCCAGUUGCCGAAGACGCGAUAAUUAUGGGCGCCGGCUCUGACUGUGAGCUAAACGAAGCCCAACAACGUCGCACGCUCAAAAGUGGACUUUUAACGGGUAGCCUGCAGCCAGCACCAGUUGGUGCGGUUGUGCACGAGCGAAGCACGUUACGUUCCACUGGAAUGGCUAGCGUAGGCCAUGCAUCACCAACUAGCUCAGCUGGCUCCACACAUUUGAUAUUUGCACAUAAGCAACAGCAACAGCAGCUCCAACAAGCAGGCGAAACCUACUACCAUCAGCCAGACUACUACAGCUGGAAACAUCCGCCUGGAGGUCAACGCGAAUACUACAACAAUGCUGGAGGGGCAGUGGGUGCAGGUGUGGGUGGCGUAGGAGGUGCCUCGCCACAACAGGCACAUGAGGUGUUUUAUUGGACACAGAAACAUAACAACCAGCACGGCAAGAAAAAGCGUGGGGGAGGGGCCGGAGCUGUGCCCGCAUCACCCAGCGGAUCUCUUCACAGUCGCGUCACGGCCGCCUCGCAGGUGUUGUUUUACCCAUCGUAUAAGAAGACCACCGGCUUGAAACAGGCGCCACCAUCACAACAAUCGUACCCACACUAUGCUGAGGCUCUUGACCCACCCAAUGCUGCUUACUACCAACAACAGCUGCAGCAACAACAACAGCAGUUGCGUCAGCAACGUCAGCAGCAGCAGCAACAACAACAACAGCUAUCCUCAGACGAGGAACAGGCGGAACAGCAUGCACACCUAUUACACUUGCAGCACCAGCAACGACGUGUUGGUGGACAGCAAUUGCCAGCGCCGCCGCCGCACAUAGCGCAGUACCAACAGGAGUUGUUAGCACAACAGCAACGCCAACAGUAUAGAAAUAAGCAUUCCAACUGUGAUCUUAGCCAGGGCAUGGGCUUAGGAAUAAACAUGGGCGUUGGCCAUGGCGAUGCCUAUUACAAUCAAGGCGGUAGCAGCAAUGGCGGCGGCGAUGCUGGUGGGCCUGUUUACGAGGAGAUUCUGAGUAACCGAAACUCGGAUGUGCAGCACUAUGAAGUAGGCGACUUUGAUGUGGAUGAAGUGUAUAACAACAGCGUUGGCACAGGCGUCUUUAACAGCAUGCGCGCCGCAGUAGCUGCUGGAGGAAGUCGCUAUUGUGGUGGCAGUCUAAGCGGAGGCAGCGUUACCUCCAGAAAUCAACAGCAACAGCAACAAAAACAGAAGCAACCGCCACGACGCUGUGCAGCUGAUGAUGAUGACGACGACGACGAUGAUGAUGAUGAGUAUGAUGACGAGGUGACGGCAGCGGAACAGUUGCAUGACAGCGUCUGUGAUGAUGAGGAUAAUGAGAGCGAUAUUGAUGACGAUACUCACGGAUUGCCACCUCAAAGUGAUGAGCGAAUGCGUCGUCUAAUGGCGCUCCAAGAUGAAGAUUUUAAACGGCGGUUUCAACGCCAGCAGAGAAAGAAUGGCUUGCCCCUUGAUUAUGGAGCGUCGAUCCAAUCUGCAGCAGCAACCCACCCAGAGCACAAUGGCGCGGUUUUUGGGGUUAGCGGCGGCGUUGGUGAGGGCUCCAUGCGUGGCGCAUACAGGCAACAGCAACAGCAGAAUGCCAAGUCGCCGAACGCACGCUUGGCGGUAAAUGAGCUGUUUGGCCAUGGUAAUGCAGGACCGCCGCUGCCACCGGCCAACCAGACGCCAGCACAAAAGCGUCAGCAGUUACAAAAACUAUCACCGCAGUCCACAACAUCUUCGUCGUCGCACACAUCUCACAGCAAUCCCCAACAUGCUCCUGCACAUCAUCUCCAGCAUCACCACACACAACAGCAGCAGCAGGCUCGUCAUUUAUCAGCAAUGUUGGAUGAGAAUAAUACCGUGCGCUGCUAUCUGGAACCUUUGGCUAAGUAGACGGCAGCAAGCAAUAGUAGCCAGCAGCAGCAGCCCUCCACAACUUGCAUGGCAGGCAGCCGAUCGUUGUCUUAGGCAAAAAUUGUAGCUUAGGUUUAGCUAUACUCUAGUAUUAGUCAUUAGUCGAAAUAUGGAGCAUUGUGUGAAACAACAUGCUGUCAUGUCAUGCUAUACGUGCAGUGAUUCGAGAAUCCCAAAACUUUAUAUGUAUAUGUAACUCAAUUAGACCAUAGGCUAAACAACCAACCAACCAACCAACAAAACAAGCAACCAAUGCGGAGCAAAAUAAAUGCAAUAUGCAAACGAAAUGGAUAUUGUCGAUGCUCACAAUUUAUACCAACUCGAUAUAUAAAUGUAUGUACUGUAUGUAUAUGUAUAAUGUAAUAUGUAAUGUAUAACGUAUGUGAAGCGCAUACAGGUCACCCAAAUGCCAUUUUUAAGUAGGCUACCAAUAACAUUAUACCAUAUAUAUAUAUAUGUUUGUAAGGUCUGAGAACUGUAUGUAAAUGAUAUUUAGGGCGAGCAUAUUAUGUAUUUUAUGUAAUUUAUAAGGCAUAUAUUGUUUAUUUG